AUGGACGUUCAAUGGGGCUCUAACUUCCAGUCCAACAACAUUGCUAAUAAUGUAGAAACCGCGAAAAGCAUAAAAUUACUUUUUGCAAAAAUUGUUACAAUGGAGAAACAAUUAUCGGAAAAUUCAAACCAAUUUUCUAUCGAUAUUAAAAAUAUUGAUGAAACUGCAUCGCUCUUUCAGAAUGAAAGUUAUUGGAAAAUUAAGAUUAACUCUCAUUUAAGAUUGGCAAAAAAAUAUUAUGAAUAUAUUCAUCUUAGUUAUUCUUCGGCCAUAAAACAUGACAUUGAAACGAAAUGUUGGAAAAUUGCUUUUUAUUCGUUAAUUGAACAAUUUCAUGAAGCUGAAAUGUUUUAUAAAAAAUUAUUAAAAUUGAUUUCUGAAGAUUUGAAACUUAGUAAAAAAAAUUCGGAGAGUAAUAAACCACCAAGAUGGAUACGUUGCAUAGGUUAUUUAGGUGACAUUGCUAGAUAUCGUUGGACUUAUUGCUUGGAAGAUCAAGAAAAAAAUAAACAAUUCUGGGCUGAAAAUGCGUCUCGAUGGUAUCUUUUGGGAAUUCUGCUCAAGUCUAAUAACGGAAAACUUUAUAAUAAUUUGGCUAUUCUUGCGGGUCAGGAUGAGUUUAAAAUGCUGUAUUAUUAUUGUAGAAGCCUUAUGGUUAAUACUCCUUACAUGGCCGCUCGUGAACCACUUAUUUGGUUAUUCGAAACAAAUCGUAAACGCUUUGCAACUCUCGUAACGAACAAUAAUAAACAAAAGCAAAAAGGUCGUGCUUAUUCUCAACGUGAAAAUUUACAAUCUUCGAAUAAGCGAUGUGAUAAUUUGAAUAAUAAUUCAAUUGAGAGUUUAUAUGUAAGAUUACAUGGAAUGCUUUUCACCAAAGUUGGUCUUGAAUUCUUUGAACAAACUUUAAAUGUUUUUAUGGAUAAAUUAUUCAAAUUAAAAAGCAACCAAAUUUCUAAUAAUACAAGUGGGACUCAUUGGUUAGAAUUUUGCUUACAAAUGGUAGUCAUUAAUAUAUCAAGCUUAUACAAUUAUGGCAAUACCGAGAAUUCGUCUCUCAAGUCAACUACGGUAACUGAUGGGGAUUUAAAGCAGACUUUAGAUUUAGAUCCAACUUUUGCCGAAGAAUCUAGGCUCACUUUUGGUAUCAUGUACCAAUUCAUGUCUAAAUAUCUUGACUCUAUGUCAUUUCAAGGAGAAUUCGAUGUUUCUGAAGGAUUUCUUUUAUAUUGUGAGAUAGUAUUACUUUGGAUGGUAGCUAAUGAUGCUUUUAAUAACUCUGCUGAUAAAUCUAAUAAUAACUGUAUUUGGGGAAAAUUUUUGGACAAAUCUAUUUGUCCUAAUUUCUGGGAAACUUUGGCUCGAUUCCUUACAAAAAUUGCUCAUCAAGUAUCUCCAUUUACAAUAAAAGAAAUUAUAGAAUUUUCUUCAAAUGUUGAAAAUUCAAAUCAUGUAGAACGUAUUCGUCCUCCACCAUUAAUUGAGGAUUGGAAAUUACGUGGUAUUUCUUGGCUUCAGUCACUUUAUGAACCAUAUUUGUUUGAAAAUAUAUCUAAACCAUAUAUAAAAUUUGUUGAUGAUGAUAUCGAGAUUAUUACAAAUAAUUUUCAUGAUAAUUUGGAUUUGAAUUCUGAUCAAGAUGCUAAAACUCGUCGUAGAGCAAGAAUUAUGGAAUUGGAUACCACUUUUACGUCUUCUUUAGAGUUAGUUAAUGAAAUUUCUGACAAGGAAAAUGAACGUCCUUCAACGUCAAAAUUAUUAACUGAAGAAGAUGAAACUAGUCAUGUUAUAACGAAAUGUGUAGAUAAUGAAUACACUAGUGAUCACAUUGAAUCAGAGGAUGAAGGAAUUAUGGAAUUAAAAUCUCGCAGACAAGAAUUAGAAAAUCUUUUAGCUACAACUCGUGAGAGUUUUCGAGGACCUUCAGUACAAAAAUUUUCGUCAAAGAAUUCCAGGAAAUAUACUCCUCAUGCAAUGAAAAAAGUGUCAGCUUUGCCUUCUAGAGUUGUUGCUGGAUAUACCACUAUUGUAAUUGAUACCAAUUGUCUUGUUGGAGAUCUCAAUAUGGUCAAAAAAAUAAUCCAAAGCAAUAAUUGGGUGGUGGUCAUACCUUUAGUCGUUAUCACAGAAUUGGAUGGAUUAAAACUCAAUCCACCUCCUCUUGGUACUGCAGCAUCCGAUGCGAUUAAUUAUCUUGAACAAGCUUUAUCAUCGUCUAAUAGGAUGAAAAAACUCAAAGUUCAGACAAGUAAAGGUAAUUACGUAUCUGGAAUUAACUUUAGUGAAGAAUUUGAUUUUGGUGAUGGUGAAGAUAAAAAGAAAAAUUUGGAUGACCUUAUUCUUGGCAUCUGUCUAUGGCAUGCUAAAAAUCACGGAGAGAAUAGUUUUAAUAACAAAUCGGAAAAGGAAAGCAAUAACAAUGAGGUCGUUGUAUUGCUUACAAAUGAUCGAAACCUUCGAGUUAAAGCGCGUGCAAGAGGCAUUGAUGUUGUGAGCUUUCAAGAUUUUAAUGAAUUAAUAUGA